CGGAAAUCCGAUUCGGCCAUCUGGCAACACUGGAACAAAUCGCAAAAGGCAAAAAGACGCAAUUUAUUUAACGCACAUUCAGCAAAAAUCGCGAGAAAAACUCACAACGGGCAAUUGGCGGCGUCGGGAAGUGACAAAAACAGCUGUGGCGGUGGAAAGGGAACUAGAAAAGUAUCCGCGGAAAGUGCGAAAGGUCAGCGGAAGAAGCAGACGGCAAGGAGCGUAAAGUAAAAUAAAAAUUCUCAGUUGCUACGGUGUGCGUGUGUGUUGUGUGGAUCUAGCUGUCACUUUCUGGCGCGCACUAAAGAUAUACACAAAUCGAGAACGGUGGACACCACCCCCCACCCACUAUCUCCAUCGCCACCAGUGCCACCCCCCCUGGAUGUGUGCGCCCGGUUCCGGUGCCGUUUGCUUACCGUUCUUCCACUGCAGCAGAGCGGCAGAAAGAGUGAGAGUGCCACAGGAGGAGGGAGUGGGACCUGCAUCGAGAGAGGCAGCAGGAGCUGAGCAGGAGCCGGUGCCGUUAUACAGAGACGCUGACAUCAAAAAUCAUCCAGGAGAAACAGGAAAACAGCGACAAAGAAAAGAAGACGAGGAGAGGUCAGGAGCAUUCCAAGGAACACGAGGAGCAGCUGGUGCGGCGGAGCUGAGCCCGGAGAGAUCCUGAAAUGUUGCCAUUCACACCGCAGGUGGUCAAGCGAUUAUUAGCACUCAAAAAAGGCAGCGAGGACAACAGCGUCGAAGGCAAGUGGUCGGAGAAGGCCGUCAAGAAUCUUGUGAAGAAGAUAAAGAAGAACUCGCAGUUGGAGGAGCUAGAACGGGCAAUAUCCACGCAGAACUGCCAGACGCGGUGCGUGACGGUGCCGCGCAGUAAACCCGCACCCGCCGGUGAGCAUCUGCGGAAGGGUUUGCCGCACGUCAUCUAUUGCCGUUUGUGGCGCUGGCCGGAUCUCCAGUCUCAGAAUGAAUUGAAGCCCCUGGACCACUGCGAAUACGCCUUCCAUCUGCGCAAGGACGAGAUCUGCAUCAAUCCGUAUCACUACAAGAAGAUAGAGUUGUCGAUUCUGGUGCCAAAGUCGUUGCCCACGCCGCCCGAUUCCAUUGUGGACUAUCCGCUGGAUAACCAUACACACCAGAUACCCAACAACACCGACUACAAUGCUGCGAUAAUCCGCAGCGCCUCACUGAGUCCGCCGCAGUAUAUGGAAUUGGGUGGCUCCGGCUCUGGAUCCGGUGCUGCCACCUCCAGCUCAACUUCUGGGGCACCAUCUUCCUCUCCCUCAUCCUACCAACAGCAGCAGCAGCAGCAGCUGUCUUUCGGCCAGAACAUGGACUCGCAAUCGAGUGUGCUGAGCGUGGGCAGUAGCAUUCCCAACACGGGCACCCCGCCGCCCGGCUACAUGAGCGAGGAUGGCGAUCCGAUUGAUCCCAAUGACAACAUGAACAUGUCCCGGCUGACGCCGCCCGCCGACGCCGCACCAGUGAUGUACCAUGAGCCGGCCUUCUGGUGCUCCAUCAGCUACUACGAGCUGAAUACGCGCGUCGGCGAGACCUUCCACGCCUCGCAGCCCUCAAUCACCGUCGACGGCUUCACCGAUCCCUCCAACUCGGAGCGCUUCUGUCUCGGCCUACUCUCCAAUGUCAACCGCAACGAGGUGGUCGAACAGACACGCCGUCACAUCGGCAAGGGUGUGCGGCUCUACUAUAUCGGCGGCGAGGUGUUCGCCGAGUGCCUGAGCGAUUCGUCCAUCUUUGUGCAGAGCCCCAAUUGCAACCAGCGCUACGGCUGGCAUCCGGCCACCGUCUGCAAAAUCCCGCCCGGUUGCAACCUGAAGAUCUUCAACAAUCAGGAGUUCGCCGCCCUGCUGUCCCAGUCCGUGUCGCAGGGAUUCGAGGCGGUCUAUCAGCUCACGCGCAUGUGCACCAUCCGGAUGUCGUUCGUCAAGGGGUGGGGAGCCGAGUAUCGCCGCCAGACGGUCACCUCGACGCCCUGCUGGAUCGAGCUGCACCUAAACGGGCCGCUCCAGUGGCUGGAUCGCGUCCUCACCCAGAUGGGAUCGCCGCGGCUGCCGUGCAGUUCCAUGUCAUAAAGCGGUGACCGAUUCCUGUUUUUAAAAUGCAAACCACAAAGAGCGGCGAGCGCUGUAGAGUGCUCCCACAUCGGAGCUGAUCGGAGACCGCAGCCCUCCGAGUAUCUGAAGAGUAGCCCUUAAGUCUUAAAGUUUUUUAAAUCGAUUUCAAAUGUACAAGAUUAUUAUUUUUAUUUUUAGUCAGUCCUUAAGGAGAAACUAUUGUUCAGAUGCCCCGUGAAGGCUUGGAGGCGGGAGAAAUCGUAGACAAGAAACAAUGCCAUUUGUCUGGGAUUUCUCACGUCCUUUGCUUCGAUCCAGAUCCGAUUUUGGGGCACUGGGGGUGUCGAAACGAGAAACAAUGAAUGGGAAGUGGUUUCCAACAAACAAAAAAAACCAAGAAAAAUUCUGAGAGCACAUAUGAAAUAAGUUCAGGCAAAUUAUAUAUACGAGUGGUAUAAAUGAAAACCCGAUACAAGAAAAUAGAUGCAACAGAUAUAUAUAUAUAUCUAUAUACAAAGAGCACACAUAUAUCUUUACAGGCGUAUAUGGGCGUUACAAGUUUAGGAAUAUAUACAUAUAUAUACAUGUAUAUUAUGGAACGUACGUGGAAAGUUACAUUUUUCGAUAAGCUAUAAGAUGGAGCAGCUCCGAAACAAUUUUUUUGAAACAUUUUACACACAAAGUGACGACCAUAGAAAUAAAAAAAAAAAGAAAUAACACUGAAUGAAGCCCCCCCCCACGGAUGAUCUGUGUGAGUUGAUAACGAGAGAGAUUCAAAAUUCUUUGUGAAAGAAGCAAAACAUACAACGGUGAUUUGGAACUAAACAAAAGUAAGAAGGAUAACAGCUAAAGGAUAAGCGAAACAGGAACUGGGAUUUAUCAAGCUUGAAGCUUACACACACACCAACACACACACACUCGGAUACCAUACAUUGCAAAUGUACAUAAGACCAAAAAAACCAACAAGAAAGGAUGGAUAUAUCUUCGGGCGGAUCCGAAGUUGAUAUACCCUUGCAGUUGAGUUGGAAAGAUAUGGUAGCCCCUGCAAGGGUGUAUAACCACACCUCCACAGGACCUCCACUUGAUCGAGCAUGGGAUAUAUAUGCAUAUAUAUAUCUGUUUAUGAUGAUGGUUGUUAAACGUUUCGAUUUUCGCUUAGUAUGUGUGUGUUAAAAUUUGUCAACUCCCAAAAAAAACCAAAAUCGGCCGAUUAAGCAGCUCUUGUUAGUCGUAAUAUCCGCAGAAUGCGAUCGUAUAUAUAUAUACAUGUAUGUAAAGCACUUGCCCAACAAAAUCACAACUCAGGCCUAGUCUCCAUACACCCAGACCUCCCCCCAGAAGAGGUCCAGCUUCAGGAACUGCAUUUAAAUCUUAAAGAAAAAAAAAAGAUACCAAUAUCUGAUAUACCGAUUAGACUCGUUUUUUUUUUUUGGAAACAAUAGCUCAAGUGUCAAUUACAGCAAUACAUGGCAUGUGCAUGUAUUAGAACCAAUUGCAAUAUGAUAUAGGGCCGGAUUUUGAUCGGCAAGUGCACGUUUUUCUUGGGUCUAGAUCUUAAGUCUAUAUAUGUAACGAAAUUCGCUAGCUUAUCUUGACAUUUUACCAAUUUUAGACCAGCGAGAGCCGAAAGCAGCUUCUGUUUUUGGCUUCAUUUCAAUAUCACCGCUGAUUAAAGUUAACUGAUUACUGAUUAUUAUAAUUUCUUGAAUUGUCAUUCGCUGUUACAACCAAAAAUAACUAUAGUUUAAGUUUUGUCUUUAUUGAUUCUAUUAUAAUAUACCAUUAUAAUACAUGA